CGUUUUAGUGCAGAAGAUGGGUAAACGUGAUAGUACCAUAUCAUAGGAUGACAUUUAUUCUCCAUGAAACCGGGUCACUAUGACAACAUUCCUUGGGACACUCCGUACUGUUUGCCCUGAGUAUCCCGGAUGGAUAGGUCAAAUGUGGGUUCACCAUGGCAUCUACAACUUCUGGUAAAGAUACAACGUUGGACAAGGCUGAAGAAUACCACACCGAAAUAGCAGUACUUAUGUCGCCUGUCAUUAUCAUCCUGGGGAUUCUGAUGCUGGUUGGAUUCUUCGGAAACAUCCUGGUGAUAUAUAUCAAUGCUGUCAGGCUGAAGAGAAGUACCACGCACCUGUUCAUCAUCGCCUUGGCUGUUGCUGACACUGUUGUGUGCACUGUGUGUAUUCCAGUAGAAAUCGUUGUAAUCCGCUAUCUCUACUCCUUCGACGUCCCAUGGCUUUGCAGGGUGUUCCGUACGAUUGUCCUGGCCUGUGUGAUUAGUUCAAUAUCUGUUCUUGUAUCCAUAGCCGUGGACAGAUACAAACGAGUAUGCACUCCUUUCAAGUCUCAGAUAUCUUUGAAAACGGCGAAAAUUGCAGUUGGUGUUGGGUGUGUUAUUGCUUUGAUUCUUGCGUCACCCUCCAUGGUUAUUCUAGGCACGAAGACUGUAAACAGAACAGUGAUCGGCUACGCAUGCGCCACGGAUGACAGCAUGAUAAAGACUCCGUUUCCAGGGCUGUUUAAUGGGAUGCAACUUCUCAUAGCCGUGCUUUCUAUUUCCACUGUUACUUCCCUCUAUGCCAUGAUCCUGAAGAGAGUCCGCGCACAGAAGAGGUACAGAGAAGGAAUGAGUCCUAAACAUGUUGAUAGCAAGGUAUGUUCAACACACUCUAGUGAUGCGCCAUAUGAGACUGACACGUCAAUCACGUCAACACAAGACACCGCAGUGCAAUCACCACAGGGUAACAUACCAACGAGUGAGGAUACUGUGACAUCAUCACGCGACAUCACGGUGACAUUAUCACAGAGUGAGUUACCGUCGGAUGACGAUACGAUCUCGUCAAACGACAAGACGACAUCUCCAAUCAACAAAAAUCCAAGACAACAAGAUGCAAAAGUAAACUCUGCUCUGAAGAAGGGGACGCACAAGACCACGUUUAUGAUGUUUAUCAUCACAGCUGUGUUCAUUCUCAGCUUUAUACCCCAUCUGGCUCUGAUGGCGACAAGAGCCGUGCAGAAACACACGUACGAUCAUCUGGAGGGAGCACCAUUGGCUCUGUAUAACUUAUUCCUCAGGACAUACUUCAUCAAUUCAGUGUCCAAUCCCAUCAUAUAUGGUUUCAUGAGUGACACAUUCCGAUCACAGGCAAAGAUUGUAUUUAAACGGAUGUGUUUUAAGAAGUAAUGCAAGUACGUGCGAAAAUAUUCGUUCGGCCGAAUUAUGUUGUUCACAUUCUACAAUAUAAGUUUAUAUUUAGUUGUCUAAUAUAUGUAUGAUAUUUACCCAUAGACUGUCAACAGAUUAACAUAUCGUGACAUCGUGUAACUGGGUUGAAUGACGUACUAGUGCGUCAUGACCACGUCAUGCCAUAAGGGUUUACAUGAGGUGCUGAUGCCUACAUGCACACGUAACGUUGUGACUGGAUACAGUGACGUACUCUUGACCCAUACCCACGUCAUGCUGUUAAUGCGUACACUGACGUAUUGGUCAUCCAUAACCACGUCAUGCUGUAUGUGGGUAUAAUGACCUACCAGUGCCAUCAUGACCAUGCCAUGUUAUAAGGGUGUACAUGACCUACUGGUGCCUUCAAGCACACGUAACGUUGUGACUGGGUACAAUGACGUACUAUUGACCCAUACCCACGUCAUGCUGUUAAUGCGUACACUGACGUAUUGGUCAUCCAUACCCACGUCAUGCUGUAUGUGGGUAUAAUGACCUACCAGUGCCAUCAUGACCAUGCCAUGUUAUAAGGGUGUACAUGACCUACUGGUGCCUUCAAGCACACGUAACGUUGUGAAUGGAUACAAUGACGUACUCUUGACCCAUACCCACGUCAUGCUGUUAAUGCGUACACUGACGUAUUGGUCAUCCAUACCCACGUCAUGCUGUAUGAUCCAUGCCUACGUAUCCAUACUCGGUACAAUGACAUACUGACCCGUGAAGAUCCGGAGUAGAAUAGGUCUUCAGCAACCAUGCUUUCAGUAAACGACGACAAUGUUUGUCGUAAGGGGUCGACUAACGGAAUCGAGUGGUCAGGCUCGCUGACUCGGUUAAUGCAUUUCAUUGUAUCCCAAUUGCGUGGAUCGAUGCUCAUGAUGUCAAUGACUGGAUUGUGUGGUCCAGACUCGAUUAUUCACAGACAGCCGUCAUACAGCUGGAAUAUUGCUGUGUGCGGCGUUAACAACAAACAAACAAACAAUGACAUACUGAUGCCAUCAUGUACAUGUCAUGGGGUAAAGUGAUACAGUUGUGCCGCCAUGAAAGGUGGAAAUGAAGAGAGCUCUCCGGUUCUUUGACCAUAUUAUGCAAAAUAUAUAAACUCGAUAUACAUCUUUACUUCCAGGUGGGGUCCUGGUUGGAGUAGGCCCCCAGCAACAUGUGCUGGAUCGAGAGGUCAGGCUCGGUGCCUUUGGUGAUUGCAUGUCACCACAGGACAUGAGUGUACACCAGGGUGCUGGAGUGCUGGGAUAAUAUCAUGUGUAGACGAUUAAAUCCAGGUAAACAAGCUCCCAGAAUAUAUAGUACAUAAUUUUACUUGUAUUCACCUUUGAUCCUUCUUUUUUAACACAAAUUAGACGAUUAAACCCCAUUUCACAUCA